GUACCUUACUGCUCGUCCAGCACUACCAUGGCACCCCGAAAGGACGUCAAAGGGCUUGCGCCAGUACCUUCAACACCAGCGCGCAGUCCAAAUUCAGCUGUUUCUCCACUACCCGGUCCCUUGAGUACAAGUGUCCCUGUGGAGGAGCGCGAGGUUAUCAAGGUCAACAACUAUAACACGUCUGAGCUCAAGAAUGCGUGUGAUGAUGCCCUCAAACGAUACUUAUCCAGACCUGUUUUAUUUAAACAAAUACAUCUUCACACCGAUGUGCGAUUGGUUUUGGGAUGGGCAGGCGUAUUUACAGCAGCAGCUACGGGACUUUAUGGGUGGAAAACUGACUUCGAGAAGUCGAAGCCAGGAGUCUGGGUUGGUUUCAUACUCUACCUCGUCCUCACCUCCCUUCAGACACUAUACUCCUACUUCGUGGAGGGCGAUACCAUCUUUGUCGGCCGACGGAAAACCUUUUCAAAAAGAAUAAUGACAGAACGGAUAACGAUUUCCUCGCGCACGGUCCCAGUGCCGUCCUCUGGAUUAUCUCUCAAGCCGAGCCCCACAAAUUCACCAUCAUAUUCACUUUCCAUUAAUUAUGUACAGUCUACAUCAGGGGGAAAAUCUCUACUUGCGAAGGGCCGAACACACGAAGCCAAACACUACUCAGCCUUCUUCGAUGAGAAGGGCGUGAUGGCACAGGAGGUAUUUGAGCGAUGGAUCGGGGAGCUGGUAGAGGCAGUGAUGGAAGGAAAGGGGGCAUGAAUUGUAGAUGCCUUUCAUUGUUAUACUUGAAGGUUGUGUUCUUGUGACCCCUCUUGGCUGACAUUAUAUCUCUUUUGAUGACGACCAUGAGGUGAAAUGUGGUCUACUUAACAUCUAUGCAUGCCGUACGCGCCUGAAGUCGAUCAUACUAUUGGUUACCACCAGUUCGUUCACGCCUCAUCUCGUGCAGUCACUGGUAUUGGGACGGUGUUUGA